AUGGAUGCCGUAAGUGGUCAGACUUAUCCUACUGGGGAAGCCAUCGAAGAAGAAUUGGCAUAUUUUGAUGAUCCUGCACCUCAGUCAGUGAAAAAAAUGAAUAGAGAAGCUAUUUCGCAAUCAGGGGGAGAAACAAACGAAA